AUGAAGACCACCACGGUAUCGGCGCUGCUCACAGCAUUGGCGGCUUCGCAGCUUGGUGAAGCAGCUCCUCCGACUAAGCGAGAUGUCGACACUCGGUUCCCAGACUGGGUCAAUCCUUCCGUCAAAGGCAACGGCAAAGGAUUUCCAAGGCUGGUGGAAAAACCAGCCGUUCAGCCAAAGAGUUCAUCGCCGCAGAACAACGUGAAUGUCAUCUCCACCUCCUACAUCCCGAAUGGAAUCACAAUCCACUAUCAAACGCCUUUCGGACUUGGAGAAGCACCCUGUGUCCACUGGGGAGUCAGUGCUGCCAAGCUGAACCACAAGGCCACUGGCCAGACGACCAGCUACGACAGGACCCCGCCCUGUUCGAAGGUCGCCGUGACGCAGUGCAGUCAGUUCUAUCACAAUGUCAAGAUCGAGAACCUGAAGCCUGGUCAGACGUACUACUACUCCAUUCCGGCCGCCAAUGGCACCACCGAGAGCCAGGUACUCUCAUUCAAGACUGCUCACGAGGCUGGCAACCAAAAGCCAUUCAGCAUUGCUGUUCUCAAUGAUAUGGGCUACACGAACGCACGUGGCACUCACAAGUACCUGGCCCGGGAAGCUCAAGAAGGCCUUGCAUUUGCCUGGCACGGUGGAGAUAUCAGUUACGCAGAUGAUUGGUACUCAGGCAUCCUGCCAUGCGAGGAAGACUGGCCGGUCUGCUACAACGGGUCCGAUACAAGACUUCCGGGCGGUCCUCCAUACCCGGAAGAAUAUCUGAACCACCCAAUACCACAAGGUGAAAUUCCAAAUCAGGGUGGACCAUGGGGAGGAGAUAUGAGUGUUCUGUACGAGUCGAACUGGGAUCUCUGGCAGCAGUGGAUGAACAAGAUCACACUCAAAAUCCCCUACAUGACGCUUCCUGGGAAUCAUGAAGCUGCCUGUGCCGAGUUUGACGGUGGCAACAACACGUUGACUGCUUAUCUCAAUGACAACAAGCCCAAUGCGUCCGCACCGGAAUCUGAGCUCACCUACUACAGCUGUCCGCCGUCACAGAGAAACUUCACAACCUACCAGCACCGGUUCCGCAUGCCGGGAGAGGAAAGCGGAGGCGUGGGCAACUUUUGGUACUCAUUCGAUUAUGGUCUGGUGCAUUUCGUCUCGAUUGAUGGAGAGACCGACUUCCCAUUCAGCCCCGAGUGGCCCUUCGUCAGAGAUACCAACGAUCAUGGACUACCCGCUGAAAACGAAACAUACUCCACCGACAGUGGUCCUUUCGGUGCCAUCAAUGGCAAUUGGACCGAGAACGAAUCAUACGAGCAGUGGAACUGGCUGAAGAAAGACCUUGAGAGUGUGGACCGCACAAAGACACCAUGGGUGAUCUGCAUGAGCCAUCGUCCAAUGUACUCUUCAGAGGUGUCUUCCUACCAGCAGGACCUCCGCAACGCCUUCGAAGAUCUCAUGCUGAAGAACGGCGUCGACAUGUACUUGGCUGGCCACAUUCACUGGUACGAGAGAAUGUACCCAAUGGGCCACAAUGGCACGAUCGAUCACGCUUCGGUUGUUGGCAAGGAUGAAUACAACACAAACCCAGGCGUAUCGAUGACGCACGUGGUCAAUGGCCAAGCGGGCAACAUUGAGAGCCACAGCAUCUUGAGCGACGAUGAGAAGAAGCUACCGCUCACGAAUGUGCUAGACCAGAAGCACUACGGUUUCUCCAAGCUCACGGUUCACAGCGCGAAGAAGCUCACGUGGCAGUUCAUCCGGGGCGUCGAUGGAGCGGUGGGAGAUGAGCUGACUCUCAACAAGAAGAGCUCGUAA